AUGCAUCCAAUUCAGACGUUAUUAAUCAUAUUAAGUUUAUUGACAAUUUUAAAAUUCUCAAGAGUCUUUGCAAUAUUUGGAGGACGACCAGCAAGAGUGCCUCCAUAUGAUGAUCCAGUAGUGUUUAUAAAUCAUGUAGGUCGAUUUUCUCGAGUCGAGGGAUACUUCAAUCCAUCAACAGCACUUUACACAUUUCGUGGUAUUCGAUAUGCCGAGCCACCAAUACGUGAGAAUAGAUUUAUGAGGCCAAACUUGAAGAGACUUAAGGGCGACGUAGAUGCACGAAAAAAUGCACCGCCUUGUCCUCAACCUGAUUAUUAUGAUCCAAGAAAGAUCAUCGGAGAUGAAGACUGUCUAGCUUUAAACAUUUUUACACCACAAAUGCCUGAUGAAUCUUCUGGAUUACCCGUUAUUCUAUUCAUUCAUGGAGGAGGAUAUCGCUACGGAUCAGCUUCACAGUAUGGCGCAGAACCAAUAACACAAGAAAAUGUCAUUUUUGUGCCUAUACAAUAUAGAUUAGGAACAUUAGGAAUACUAGGGGACGGAACUAGAGAUUUUGGAGGAAAUGUUGCAAUAUUUGACAUGCAUGCAGCACUUAAAUGGAUUACACAAUACAUUUCAUUUUUUGGAGGUGAUAAGAAUAAAAUUAAAGUUAUGGGACAUGGAUCUGGUGCAUCAGCAGCUAUGUUCCUUACUAGGUCACCAUAUGGACGUAGUUCUGUUGAUGGAGUUAUUGCUAUGUCCGGUAGUUCCCUAGAUCAAUAUUCAUACCAGGAAGACGGUAAGAAUUCAACAGAAGAAAUUGCAAAUGCACACAAUUGUUCGCAUGACAAUGAAAUGAAGCUGCUGCAUUGUUUGAGGACAAAAUCCAUUGAUGAUAUCAUCACGAAAGACUCAAAUUUACAAAUAGAAAGAUUACAAAAUAAAGAUAUAGUGAAAUCAAUGAGUGGAAUGGUUGGAACGUCUCCAAAUAUAGAAAGUAAGGAUGACGACCGUGGAUUGCCAGGAAUUAUUACAGAAAAUCCAAAGGAAUCAAUGAAGAAGGAACCAGAAAAGAGAAUUCCAAUUUUAAUUGGAUCCACAAAGCAUGAAACUGCAAAUAUUAUGAAUCCAAAGGAAGUUACAAAGAUUUUUGGAUCUGCAUCUAAUUUUCUUAAAUUGUCUAUGAAUGCAUUGAAGCUUAAUGACUUGCUGAAUGUUACAAACAGCAAAGUUUCAAGUGUUUUAGGUUUAUUAAAUAUUCCAGCACUAAAUGACUAUUUGACAGUCCCAGAAAAUUUAUCACCUGAAAAAAUGCUCAACAAGCUUAUUGAUGUUUCAACAGACAUUUUCUUCAACAUUCCAAUAACUUUAACAGCUAAUUUAUGGUCUAAAUUCGCGCCUGCAUUUUUCUAUCAAUUUGAUCAUGUUGGAGACUCAUCAGGUGGUGGAAAGCAUUUUCUCAAGCCACUUCCUUUAGUUUCAAAUGGAAAUUCGAAAGGAUAUGUAGCUCAUGGAGAUGAACUUUCAUACCUUUUUGAUGCUUAUGAUGUCUUUGGAAAUAGAAUUAAUGAAACGGAACUGAAAUCUCCUCGAGAUCAAGAAGCUAGGAAGAAUUUUAUCAAGACAGUCACACAAUUUGCAUACAUGAAUGAGUCAAAUAGUCAGAUGUCAUUAAAUGGACAAUUGUUGGAUAUUUUUAAAGCUGAUUCUACAAAUUUCAUCAAAAUUUCUGAUAAAUUGACUUUUGACAAGAAUUUUAGAAUCUGUGAACUUUCAGUUUUAGAAAAUUCCGUUGGUGCCAAAAGUUAA